AUGCCACAGGGCCAUUAUAUUGGUCAGUUAGCGCGCGCAGCCUGGUUCGCCUACCUGAGCCCAGACGAUGUCGACGAGUUACUCUCCUGCGUUCGCGAGCAUCGUACUCCUGACCCCUCUCGCUUUCCAGACGCCCGAGACGCAGCUUUGAUUGAUUUUCUGAAAAUCAUUCGAACUGCGCCGAUUUAUGUUCACUCGCCCAUUGAAGACACGGAUUGCUACCUGGUCGAGACGAUCGACAAUGAACUUUGGAUUCUCUGGCGGGGGACUCAAGCAACAACAGAAGAUGGCUUCUCACUGCGCGAUCUUUACAACGAUCUUCGAUUCCGACUAACUCGUUGCGAUUUUCUUCCUGGAAACCGACUUCGUCUUCAUGCUGGAUUUCUUGGAAAAUAUUUAACUAUGCGGCCGAUUAUUCUAAAAGCCAUUUCGAAGUACCUUUCUCAAUCAGAAAACUCCUUGACCGUGCGAUGUUGCGGCCAUUCUCUUGGUGGAGCGAUAGCGAUGAUAAACGCGGCCGACUUAUGCAUUCAAAACGAAAUCCUUUGGAACGACAACCUUACUGUCGCUUGCUGUACCUUCGGCGCGCCAGCAGCGGGGAAUAGGGCAUUCGCAGAUUUCUUCAAUUUCUACGUGAAGAAUUCGACAAGAGUGACGAUUCAAGACGACCCGAUUACCUAUCUGCCAUGUUUUCCUUGGUUUACGCAUGUUAAAGGCGAUUUAUGCGUCUUCGAGUCCGCAAGUGUCUUUCACUGGGUUUUGUCCUUCGCUUUCAAGGGGAUCCUGAACCACCACAUGGUCAAGUACAUCCACGGCUCUGAUUGUCACGAUGGAAAACGACUGCCGCUUCCGUCAGAGACAACUACAGUCAUGAUGAUUGAAGGAAUCGUGAAAACUAUCAUCGUUUACGCUGUUAUUCUUAUAGUUGCAAAUAUGGACAGAUUCUCUAUCCUGCUCUACAUUCUUUUCUUUGUUUUCGACAUUUUCGACAACCAUUUUGCCUCGUUGAAAAAAUACCUCAGAAGUUAUUUACGCGGUGCCUCCUAUAUUCCUUCAGAUACCUAUCUCGUCCGACAAGAACGGUCUUCUAGACUUAUCCCUGUUUCAUCCAGCCAUCUUUGA